CUUAAUUGAGCGCUUUAAAUUUGAACUAAUUUUUUUUCAAUUUUAAUUUCAAAUGGUCUAUUCAGUGUUUCAAAACCUAAGAAAAUUUAUGUAUUUUUAUUGAUUUUAAAAUUAUGUUUAAUGUAUUAGGAAAAUUUAAAAAUAAGUUCAAUUUUUUUAAUUUUCUUAAUGAUGUAGUAUAAGUUUUUAUUUUUAUUUUUUUUAAAUAAUCGUGAGUGUGCAGACGAAUUUGUAUGCACCUCAAUUAAUUUCUUGAGGUCUUGAAAUUAAUGACCGAAUAAGCCUCCACUAAGAUGCGAAAACUUGAAUUGGUGACCCAAGGCCCAGCUGAAGUAUACCCACAGGGUUUAUGUAGUACAAGUUACAACAACAGAUUGGGUUGAUAUCGAACUUUGGACUAAAAUUUCCCAACCCGAACCAAACCUAAGCUUCAAAAUAACUCUCUUCUCUUAAACCCUACCAUUUCUUACCUUUCAAAAAAAAAAAAAACCUACCAUUUCUUCUUCUCCCGAUGAAGCUUUCUCUCUCUAGCUUGCUAAAUUCACGCCCCAAAUUCGCUUAUUAUCAAAAGGGUUUGAGGCAUUUCUUCAGCUCAUCACCUACUCCGAUCUCAUCUUCUUCGUUUACAGGGUCCGGUUCACUGUACAGAAGGAUUUCGCCAAUCGGUAACCCAAAUCUUUCGGUUGUGCCUGUGCUCGAUCAGUGGGUUCGAGAAGGAAAGAAUGUCACCAAAGAAGAGCUUCGACACAUUAUCAAAGAGUUGAAAACCUACAAACGCUUCAAACACGCUCUCGAGGUAUCUGAAUGGAUGACCGAAAAAAGAUACAUUUGUCUUUCUGCUAGUGACACUGCCGCUCGGCUGAACUUGAUUUCAAGGGUUCAUGGCUUAGAACAGGCAGAGAAUUAUUUCAAUACCAUCUCGCAACAAUUAAUAGGUUUUGAGAUUUAUACUGCCCUUCUCAACUGCUAUGCCCAAGACAAAUCUGUGGAGAAAGCGGAGGCUGUCAUGCAGAAAUUAAGGGAUAUGGGGUUUGCUAGAACACCAUUGAGUUACAAUAUUUUGAUGAAUCUCUAUUGUUGCAUGAGAAGUUGGGAAAAGAUAGACGCACUGAUACACGAAAUGGAAGAGAAGGGCAUUUUCUGGGACAACUAUACAUUCACCAUCCGCCUAACUGCAUAUGCUGCCGCUUCUGACAGCGAAGGAAUAGAUAUGACUGUGGCAAGGAUGGAAUCUGAUCCUCGUGUAGUUCUAAACACUCAUACCUAUUCUGUUGCAGCUAAUGGGUACUUGAAAGUUGGGCUAGUGGACAAAGCUUUAGCAAUGAUGAAUAAAUUGGAGGGAUUGAUAGCAAACAUGAAGACAAAGAAUGUUGCAUUUGAUAUUCUACUCAGACUUCAUGCAAAAACUGGGACGAAAGAUGAGUUGUAUCGGAUCUGGAGUCGGUACAAAAAGGAGAAAGUUUACAACAAAGGCUAUAUAAGCAUGAUGCACGCACUAUUGAAUUUUAAUGACAUUGAAGGAGCAGAGAAGAUUUUUAAGGAGUGGGAAUCUAUGGGCUUAUCCUACGACUUUCGGAUUCCAAACUUCUUGAUUGAUGCUUAUUGCAAAAAUGGUCUUUUGGGGAAGGCUGAAUCCCUUGUAAACAGGGGAAUAGAGAAAAGGGGUAAUCCUACAGUUGAUACAUGGUAUUAUUUGGCGGGCAGGUAUAUCGAGGAUAAUCAAGUCUCAAAAGCUGUGGAAACAUUGAAGAAAGCAAUCUUGGUGUGUCCACCUAACUGGAAGCCCGACAAGGAUAUUCUGGCUACCUGUUUGAAGCAUUUGGAAAGUCAGGGAGAUGUUGAAGAAGCAAAGGAAUUUAUAGGGUUACUGAAGGUGAAAGGAAUUUUUUCAGCGGGUGUUCACGAAAGAUUGCUCAGCCUUGUCAAAGGAUGGAAAUCACAAUCACAAGCACAAUAGUGAAAUGGAACGGAAAUAGUGAUUAGGGCUGAAAAGACACGUGGAACCCCAUUGACGAGUCAGAACACUGGUCACUGAGUUCCACUGCAAGCAUUGGAGUUUUUGAAAUUCAAGAGCCUAUAUAUCUUGGCUUAAUGCUCGAUACUCGUCAUUUCAACCAUUGAAGUAAUCACGUUGGGGUUCACGGUGCCAUAUUUUGUGAAGCAUGGACAGGUCUCUGUAGAGCCGAUCUUAGUUCUGUCACUAUAAUUCUUCUACGGAGACUGAACAUUCUUGGGUAAGACUACCUACAGGUUAUAACCGUUCUCAUUUUUAUCUUUUGACCUCUUUUAAGCCAUGGAGGCAAACAUUUUCUUUGUAUAUGCUACGAAACAUAUGCCAUGUUUAUGGUUAGCUUUGUGAUGCAUCUCAUUUUUGGCGUUUAAUAAUAACCCAACUAGAAUUGGUAUCA